GCUUCCGGUCUGCGCUGCCUCCUCUAAACUCUCCAUCAUGCCGCAAAAAGUCUUCCAAACGUCCCUUUCUGCCCGCUGAGUCCCGCCACCAUGAGCGGCCUGUGCAGGGAGGUCGUCACCCUCCAGCUCGGACACUAUUCCAACUUCGUGGGGACGCACUGGUGGAAUUUGCAGGAUGCAGGCUUGUCCUACGACCCGGACUCUUCGGGAUCAGGUGAGAUCCAGAGCGAUGUGGUGUUUCGUGAAGGUCAGACUCCAGGUGGACACGUCACCUACACACCUCGACUCAUCGCCAUGGACCUCAAAGGAAGCCUUCGCACUCUCCGUCAGGAGGGAAGUCUGUACGACCCUGGAAAAGACACGUCUGCCGUCUCCUGGGAGGGGAGUCUGGUCAUGCACAAAGAAAGUCCCCCGGAGAAGAACUCCUUCCUGGAGGACCUGGACAAGAUGGAGCAGGGGGAGAUCCUGGCCGAGGCGGACUUCUCCCCGCAGCCGCGGCGCUCCGGGCCGCUGGGCGUGGACUCGGUGAACCGCCAGCUGGACCGCGCCCGGCGCGGCUACAGGCUGGAGGGCAGCGUCCGGGUGUGGUCCGACUUCCUGAGGAUCCACCUGCACCCGCGCACCGUCGCCGUCAUCCACCAGUACAACCACGACGGGGAGGCCCAGCGGCUGGAGGCCUUCGGCCAGGGCGAGGCGCUGCUGCAGGGGGCGCUGCUGGAGGAGCUGGAGGACCGGCUGCACUUCUUCGUGGAGGAGUGCGACUACCUGCAGGGCUUCCAGCUGUUCUGCGACCUGGAGGACGGCUUCGCGGGCCUGGGGUCGAAGGUCACGGAGAUGCUGCGGGACUCCUACGGGGGGCGGGGCAUCCUGACGUGGGGGCUGGCGCCCGUCACUCACCCGGGCUCAACCCCGGUGAAGGACGUGUACCACCUGUUGAACCGCGCCCUGGGGACGCUCCACAUGUCCAGCCACAGCUCCUUCUUCUGCCCCCUGACUCUCCGGGGGCGGCUCGGCCGGCGGGCGCCGUCGCCGCCGGCGUUCCCCCACCUCAACUACGAUGCCUCCCUCUGGUACCACUCCAGCUCGGUCCUGGCUCUGGCCCUGGACGCCCUGACGGUCCCGUACCGGCUGAGGAGCAACAGCGUCCCCAUGUGGCAGCUGGCGGACGCGCUGGCGGUGUCGGGGAGGAAGGUGGUGGCUGCGUACGGCGCCGUGCCUUUUCCCAUGAUGCACGGCUCCUCGCUCCCGGAUGCGCUGAGCUCCUGCGCCGAGGCGUUGCCGUGGAAACCUCUGUCGGCGUGCCCCGAAGGCGGUGACGGCCGGUGCUACGGCCAGUGGGCCACCCUGAGGGGCUACGAGGGCCAGAAACUCGUCAGCUCUCUGCCGCCCGGGACCGAACCCCCGUCCCCGCUGCACCGCCUCCACAGCGGAGAGGACGUCCUGGCUGCCUACCUGCACUCCUUCUACCCCUCCAGCCCGCUGGCUCUGCAGCUGACCUCCACCCCCAGCAGGCUGACGCCGCCGUUCCCUCACAUCUUCAGCCCCGCCCUCAGCGAGCGGGGCUUCCUGCUGGGCCAGCCGCCUCCACCCGAGGCUCCGCCCGUCUCCGCCGUCUCCUCCGUCCCCGUGCUGACGUCCCUGCAGUCGGGACCCGUCCUGGAGUCCUGGCUGUCGGAGCUGCAGCGAGGCGCCGACGCCGCCCACGUGCGCCGGGCGGCGCCCAGCUUCCUGUCCCAGGGUCUGGAGCUGGCCGACUACCAGGAGGCCCUGGAGCAGCUGCGCCGCCUGGCCCGCCGUUACCGUGACGACAGUGGCGGGGCGGCGCGCUCCUCCUCGUCCGAGGACGACGAGGACUGAGGGUCGGUCCGGGAGGAGGCCGGAGCGCCGCGCCGGGCGGCGGGCCCGAGGCAGCAGCCGGAGUUCAACCACAACUCCACACACAGGUUGCUGAUCUGCUUCAGAGGACGGACGGCGCUGAAGCAGCGUCAGCAUGGCGGCCGCUGGAGGAAACAGGAAGCUGGACUGAUUUAAGGUUCCUGGUCCUGGAUUAUACGUCAGACGACUGUAAAAUGAAUCGACUGUACUGAAACUGGACACAGCUGCAUCCAGAUGUGAAGGUUUGACUUUAGAAACUUUAAAAUGCAACUGAAGUGUUUUUAUAUCUCUGUACAUUAAACAUUAAACUAAACUGACUCACCGG